ACAAAAGGCUGUUAGUCCCCUAGCCCAUGUAUGUGAAGAUGUUGCGCUAUCAAGAUGUCACACUCGACCAAUAUCCCGCUACAGCGCCGCCACGAUCAUGCUGCUUGGACUGCUCUCUCCACAGCCGACGCAUCCAAUGGUGACGACGAGUCCGCGGUAUCGUCGGUUCUUCUUCCAAAAGACGACGCCGCAGCUGAACAUACUGAAGUGGAUAACAAUUACCCGACUUUGUCUUGGUCAGAUAGUUCUAGAACAUGGCUUCCGUAUACUCUUCGCCGAGCCUUCCUGAGCAUUAUGGCCGCAGUAUCGCUCUCUUUCUCCAUCGCACUUAUAGCAUUAUGUGUUCAUUCUGCUCGAAAUCACGGUCUAGGAAGAGAUGACCGGUCCUCUGGGCUUCUUAUAGCAUGGAGAUACACGCCAACUAUAUUCGCUGUCUUCUUCACCCAAGCCAUGGUGAUGAUCUUUGACGACAUCAAGCGAACCGAAUCGUUUGCGCGGCUAGCUCGCCCUGGCCAGGCUGAUACGAGUUUUGCUCUUCAAUACGUGCCGAAGGCGUGGUGGAAAUCGAUAGUGAAAGCGUGUUCGAAGAAACAAAAUGGUGGCCACGUUGGUUGGCUGUUGCUCUUCUCGUCAAUUGCUACUGGUCUCAGUGUACUGGCCGUUUCAACCCUCUCGUCUUCUCUCCUGGUCCCAGAACAAGUCCUUAUCCGCAGCGACACCAACUUGAAAAGAUACAGCUCUGCUCACAAUGGAAGUAUCAAUCUAGUUCCGCGACGCGAGACGUAUUUCCACACUACCAGUGGAUACAUAUACAAUGUUUCAACGUCGAUGUGGGUGUCUGACUCUCAUGUCAUUAUGCCCUUUGGACCUGAGAACUCUGUAGAUCAUUCCGACCUCUUGCCCGAUGGGUUGUGGGUGGCUGAGACCAAGAUAUUCCAGAUGGAGUCAACUUGCGUACCCAUGGUCUUUGCCGAGACCAUGAUAGCUAAUCACACGUUGAUUCUCGAGGCCGAUAACCAGACGUUCACGUAUAACUCCGCAAUACCUGCAGACGACAAGAACGUUGGCAACAUGACGCUCGUGCAGGACUGGGAAGGUAUGGUACUACGCUCUGAAGACGGGUGUGAGAUCCAGCUAUAUGAAACUUUGGCUUCGCAUCCAAUAGUGGAUGAGGGAGGGCUUUUCUGGUCAAAUCUUUCCGCUACUUAUAUCUCCUGGAAUCGUUUCAUCCAAGAGCGCGGAAGUCCACCUUUCAUUGGCAAAACAGACUGGUCUCCUCUCAACAACGAUGCAAUUAUGGAGUUUUCUCUGGAAUGCCUGGAUCGAAAUUUGCUCCUUGUGACAACUCCAUGGAAAGAACGCCACGGAUUCGAGUACGAAUAUUGGGAGAAUUUCCAAUACCAAGCAGAGCUCUGCACGCCGGUGUACUAUGAAGUUACCAUAACGGCAAAUGCUUCUAUAUCAGCAGGGGAUCGACGCAUCACUUUUGAUGAGGAUGAAUUCAAGAAAAACCGCAAGCAACUUGGCAAGAAUAUUCUCGACACUGCGAAGUUCGAGCUAUACACGUUCGAGGGAAAUAAGCCUGAAUACCUAUCCAAGGCUAGCAUUUUCAGGAACGCAAUAGAGUAUGUCGGGUUGACUGAGAACCUACAAACAUAUUUCUCAUUCAACUACACAGCGAUGUUGCACGACUCUACGUUAGCGGAACAGGCGACCAGGCUCAGAGCGCGCUUCUUCGGCGAACUCCUUUUCUCAUCUGUGACCGAGCAGAACUCUCCGGUGUUUGAAAGUGUCAUUGGGCAACGUAUCGUAUUGGAACGACGCAUCGUUGUGGUGACCGAAGUUGCUGUCUCACUUGCUGUGCUGUUCUUUUGUUUGGCUUGCUACUUGUGCUACACAAUCUGGCGAGUGUCCAUCCAGCAAAGACCACUCAACCUCUCAGUCGAUCCUGCUACAACGCUUGGGGUGGCUAUAUUUUACAACGAUGUGAAUUUGGCUGCAGGGACGGAACAUGGGAUCCCCCAAUCUGAGUCACGAGACGAAAGGAUGACGGCAAGAUCUAUGUCAGAUCUUGCCAUCAACAAAUUUCCCUCGGUGAACAAUUCAGAAGUUUCAGGAACGGAUGCUAAAGUCCUACCCCAAGACUGGAGGCCCCUUGCUCUCCGUACAAAGGGAUUAACAGCUCUGCUUUUCGCAGUAGUCGCGAUCGCAGCAGCACUCAUCGUUUUACGAAACUACGCCGACAAACAGAAACUCUAUCGUUCAGCCUUUGUAUAUGAGGUUGACAUUGGUGUCUUCCACGCCAAUAUUUCUCCCGCUUCGCUCGUCGCAACUCUCAUCGCUGUUGGCCUAGCUCUCUGGUGGGACAUGAUCGACAAGCAUAUGCGCAGUCUCCAACCAUACCUAUCGAUGGCACAUGGACCCGAGGACGUCAAGCGAGGAGCCUGCCUGUCGUACGAAUCAUCGCACUGGGUCUGGGCGGCUGGUAAGGCCGCUUCUAACAAGCAUUGGCUUUUGGUCCUAGUCACGAUGGGAACAACGCUUUCCCAAAUACUCAUCAUUGCCAUGGCAGCCGUCUUCGAGAAGCAAGCUGGAAUUUAUACACGACCGAUGACCAUUGACCGGGCACUUGCAACUAGACAGGACCAUCUCACCUACCAGCACACCAAUGUCUCGACGGAUGCCAAUCUUCUCCAGCACAUCAUGAGGACAGAAACGGCUGAUUGGUUGUACAGUGCACUUGAUCAGCUGACAUUGCAGGCUCAAUCCCCUGCGUGGAGUUUGGAUGGGUGGAGUUUCACUCCAAUAGUCAUAGAGUCCGUGCCUGACACGUCUCUGCGGCAAGGCUCUAGAAACCAAGACUAUGAUGAAGAGAGUUCCGAGCUCUUCUUCUCUGCCGCGAACGUUUCGCUAACAACUUCGGCUAUAAGAGCCCGCCUAGAAUGCAAUCGAAUCACGCCAACAGACUCGUCAUGGUACAACAUGAAUGAAACCGCGAUUCUUGAGGCGGAACUAAGUAAGUCGGUACGAAACAUGACAGGACACCUCAACGUCACGGGCUAUGUUCUUCCGAGAACCAUUUUCGACAAGGAUACAUACCAAACUACAAUCUUCACGACACCAUCUAGAGUGUUCUGCUGCGCGAAUGGUACUGAUGAUGGUGCGAACUCGGCAGUAGGCUACUGGUCACAUACAGAUCCAGAUCAAUGGUGGGCCGACCGUUCAGAAUGGACCGGUUUUGGUCCCAAGUCGUGGCCCGGUAAUUUUACAAUCAAAUGGAUCGUAGGCCCGGCGACUACUUCCAACUUGACUAUUUAUACAAAUAGCGAAGCAUCGUACUACAAGCUGAUGCAAUUUACUGAGAUCCCAGCAUUGGAGAUCUUGACAUGCAAACCUGUCAUCGAACAGACCGAUGCUCGAGUCACGAUUGCACGCAGUUCCAGCCAGGUGUUGGACUUCGAGUUGUUGGGGGACCCGCAGCGGCAGCAUGAAAUUUGGAAUAUGGAUUUUGACGCCAUUAGUUUAAACGGGUCACAGGAGGGAAUGUUCGGCAAGAACUACACUGUCGAGAUGAGUUAUGCUGUCUACUUCAUGACACAAUUGCUGUAUGCAGCAAGCUCUCCAACGUCUUCGUCCAAUUUGUUCAACUUUGAAGAUCUAGAAGACGAGCGUUUCAACAUCCGCGACAAGGACAACGGCUUGAAUAUGGACUUUAUGAGCUACUCCAAUUACGUCCAAGCCAACAAAGAUCCAACGGCAUUGCUCAAUGCAGAGACACUUCUCAAGUACUCGCAACACACGUUCCAAACCUUCUUCCAGCACUUUGCCAGCCAGACCAGUUGGAUUGAUGGCCAGCCGAUGGUGCACCAAAAAAUAAGCGGGCAGAAGGUCGACGUGAUCACCACGGAGCGUAUCGAGGUUCUGGCCAUGGUGGAAGGAGCUACAUGGCUUUGUCUCGCUAUCCUGUUUCUACUUGUCGUGAUUCUGGGGGUGCUCGUGGUGUCACUCAAGCAAGUGUAUCCCCGUAAAACUAUGCUGUGCGAUUUAGAGUGUCUGGCUGACGUACUGGCGAUGAUCGAGAACAGUCACGAGUUGCUUAGGUUAGUUGAAAAGUAUACUAUGAAGGAGUUGAAGGAGAGAGGAAUGAAGACAAGGCUGGGCUGGUUUAGAGAUACGAAGGGGGUUUUGAGAUGGGGUAUUGAGGUUGUCGAUGUGAACGGGGUCGAGUGGGUAGAAAAACGCGAAGAUUUGAGUGUGAAAGAUGGGGUACAUACAAGGAUUCGAUGUAAGCAGUAAAGGGUGUAUGAUAUGCCUUGCAAAUACACUCUUUGUCUGGGCUGCGUAUACGCAGACGGACACACUAAUUGAUAAUCGA